GACCUGUUCUUCCCUCCCUGUCCCCCCUCCCCCAGCUCCAUCAUGCCCAUCCUCAAAAACCUCCCAGUGCGCCUGAAAGGCGGCGGUCCGACUCUAGAGAACGCUUUGAUCUUGCGCAGGAUGAGCCUCAACAUCACCCCCCACCACCACCAUCACAACCCCUUCGACGACAACGAUGAUGACAGCAUCCACGGCAACGGUGGCCAUGGCAACCACUGGUCACCCGGCAGCUCGCUCCUCGAUGGGGACGGGCCGAGGGACCGCAACCCGUUCGAGGAUGAGGAAGACGAGAACGAGGCCAACGAGGGGAAGAAGGGAAGCGGAGGUGGAGGCGGAGGUUCGGGGAAGGGAUUUAAGUUCAAGUCCCCGCUGAAGACUCUGGGAAAGCUGGGGAAGAAUCUGAGAUUAUCGGGGAGGAGCAAAGGAAGCGAAACACCCUCCCCACAGGGGUCGCUGCAAGGAACCCCUUCACCUGCAGAGAAGAAGAAGAGGGGGAGGAGGAGCUCUGAAGGAAGUUUGUUGAGGUUUGCGGGGAAAUAUCGCGACACCCUCGGCUCCCGUAAGGAGACUUUCACCAAUGGCGAGCUGAACUGUUCGGAGAGCGAGUGCGACUCCACCAGCCGUCGUCUGUCCUUCAUGAAGAUGGUUGGCCUGGGGAAGCUAAAGAGGGAGUCCAUGAAUGACCACUCGUCCCAGGGACCCGAGGAGCAGCCGGUGAAGGAGGAGGUGAUGGAGGAGGUCAAACCCAGAGAGCCACUGUCAGAACACAUUAUCGCCUUGAUAAUCAUCGUACUGUUCGGGAGGAUACCGGGACUUAUCUUUGUCCAGCAGCAGAACGGAGCGUGUUGA